AGGCUCUGUGUUUCAGUUCCAGCAUCAACGCCAGCGCGUACGGAGCGUCCUGUGGAGACGGAAAAACAGCCGUGAAGCUGUCACGCAGCAGCACACACACACACACAUAGUCGCACCAGCCAGCCAAGGAGAAAAGGGAAAAAAUUAUAUUGAAAACAGCCAACUCAGCGCAUUUUAAUUAACAAUUAACAAACGAAUGCUGGCGGAAACUUUUCCAAAAAAAAAUAUACACUCACACACUCACCGAAUGUGAAAGAAAAGCAAUACGCAAUGCUCUGAAAACGUAAACUCUGCGCUUUUCCUACGGCCUUUCCUUGGGUUUUUUGGCCAGCGCGAAUAUCGAUUGCUGACUGCCUUGCAUAAGUCCAGAGAGAUUAGUAUACAAACGCAGUCAAAACUGUCGGAUGCCCAGGUAUAAAAAAGUCACAGAAAAACUAAAAAAGCCAAAAGGAAUCAGGACAACGAAUUACAGAAAAUAGAUUUUGGAGUGGAGUACUUCUAGUAAUUAAGUUUUUUUUUAAUCAACCGAAAUGGAGCAACUGAAGCCAAAAGAUUUCAAAGCCUGGCCCAGACAAUUGACACGUUAAAAGCGAAAAAAAGACAACGAGGCGAAUGAGCAAUAUAUAUGUAUAUAGAGAGAGAUUUAUAUAGAAGUUGAGUUCAGCGAAUAUCUGUGAACUGGUCUAUUCUAUGUAGUAUCCUGUGUGCUUGUGUGUGCUUGCCCCUGUUUCGCUUUUCUUUUCCAUUUUAUUUCCUUUGUUGCUGUUUGUUUGUUACGCUGAAAAUGGAUAUUGCCUUGCGUGGCACAGCAUCAACGACUGGAACUGGCACUGGCACUGGUCUACAUCAUGCUGUGUCAUUGGGCAACAUUGAGGUCUCCGCGAAGAGCACAUACUCCAGCCAUAUAGAUAGAAGUUACGAUUCCGAAGACGAACACACUAGUCGCCGAAGACUCCGCCACACACUCUCCACCGAGUUACAGCCUCGCACUUCCGUUUACUCACGCGGAGAUAUUAGGGAACAGUACUGCCUCACAGAUCGCCAGUUGCAUAGCAUAGAGCAACGUCCUAGGAGGGAACGAUUCUUUGGCUGCCUUUCUCGGAGAGGACAAACCCAGUCGGGAAGCUUUCUGGGCGGUUGUGUGGGUCGACGAGUGCCCUCUGAUGAGAAUCUAGCAGCCUAUGCUCCAUUUGAAAAAUAUCCACGCUAUCAAAACAACUAUACUGACACACACGAUAUGGAUAGUUCCUAUUUUCGACGUCAGCCGGCUUCCAUUUUGAGUACCGGAAAAUCGAGUGAUACGGAUUCGGGAGGGCGCUACAGCUGGAUAGGACAACAGCAACAGCAACAACAACAACAGCAACAGCAAGUGCAAAUGCAACAAAGCAACAACAACACCGACUAUCAAACGGACCACAGCUCGUAUCACUGCCCCACUUACGCCACCAUGCCAACCACACACCACCACCACCACCCGCACCACCAACAGCCCGGUAGUAGUGUCAGGACCAAGCACGUAAGCUUCGCCAGGAGCCACACUCUGACCAGCUUUGACAACGUCAACGCCGGAUUUAGAUCCUCGGGCCGUUUGAAGUCGGCCAACAGCCAGGAGCGACUGAUUGGCGGCAAGAAGCCGAUUAUUGCCACAGGAUCCAUGUACGAGACGCUCCAGCCCACAAUGCCGAAUCCCCAACAGCAGACGCUACCGCCUCAGAGCUCCACGCUGCCAAAAACCUGGCUGCCUCCUCCAGUCCAGCUCCAGCCAUGUCAUCACCAUCCCAUACACCUCCAUCAGCCAAUACCAGACAACAUGGUAGGCCUGAUCAUCCCACAACCCCUGCCGCUGGCCAUGCCACUGCCACUGCCCAGCCCCGAGGUUCUGAUUGUCGAGAAGAAGUUCCGCAACGCCAUGAAGACCCAGGCCACUCAAACGGACGUGGCUGCCCGUCGCCAGGAGGGCUAUAAUACCCAGGUUCUGGCCCUGAGUCCCCGGCCGCCGCAUCGCAUUAAGGUGGUGUCGCAGGGGGCCCAGACCAAUGGCCUGCAAAACGGCAAAAAGCUCACAAAAAGCCUCUCGGAGAUACCGAACGGCAAGGAUGUGCAAUCAUAUCAUUAUCCUCAGAGUUCCAUGUAUCCCCACGAGAUGAUCUACCGCACUCAGUCACAGGAUGUGGUUCCGCUCCAGACCCUCUCCGAUGCCCAGAACAACAUAAUGUACUACAAGCCGCCGCCCCCGCUCCUGGAUGCCCACAGCUAUGGCCUCGGAAUGGAACACCUAAGUCGAGGUCGUCCCUCGCCCUCCGUGGAGAACGUGGAGUACGUGAAUGUAAAUGCCGCUGCAGUGGCUCUAAACGAAAGCUUCGACUACGAGAGCAAUAGUUUGCCUCGCCGGGCAUGUACCUCGCAUGUCCGCACCGAAACGGACUACUAUUCGAACAGCUUGCCGAGAAAACCGGAGAACCUGCACACACACGACGUCUGCAAGCAUAUAACCGAGUGCUCCGAGCUCAUCAACGAUACUGUUCCUCUGGACUUUACCCAAUCGCAUUUACUGCCACCGCCGAGCGAGUACUGCAAGAACGAUGAUGACGUGGACGUGGAGUACUACGACGAUGAUGAGGAUCCUCCCCACGAAACCGAAAGCUAUAGCUCGGAGGUGUGCAUCGAACAGGUGGCGGCCCAGAAUCGUAGGAUGUCCAUGCUGCCGCAGAUGAUCGAUUCGCCCUUCCGACGGGAUGACAUUCGACGCCAAUCCAUGCCGGUUUACGGACAAACGGAGAAGCUCAUUGAUGGCUUCGGGCCGAGGAGCUCCUUCCGUCGGCGCGACAAAGUCAGCUGCUUUGCCGACGAGCCUCCGCAGGCCCCUAGCCGCGAUGAGCAGGAAAUCUUCAUCGACUUCAAGCCACACAUCUCCCCAAAGCCGAGUCCAAAGUUGCAGCUGAAGCACCGGAAACAGCACAAGGCGGAAAUCGCCAUGAAGAAGAUGCAGCAGCAGAGGAUGGCCCAGGCGGCUGCUCUGACUUUGCCGAAACCGAAGCCACAGCCAGUCGAAGUUGAGGUUAGAAAAGUUGAACAUGAGCCCAGCGAGGACGACGAGGAGGAGGAGGAUGUCGAAGAUGAGCCCGAGGAGGAGGAGGAGGACGAUGAAGAGGAGGAGGAGAAGCUGGAUCCCGAUCAUCCCGAGGAUGAGGAGCCACUCUAUGAGAACAUCACACCCUCGUGUGGCUGCAAAAUCGAACCGAUCCAAGCCGAUAUCCAGGAUAUCCAGGACAAGAGGUCACAGUUUCGCAAACGAUCGGUUAGCCUCGAUGAUGAUUAUGCCGCAUCGACGGCCCUGACUUCUGGAUCCACUCCCGGGCUGAGACUUCCGUCCACCCCGGCCAGUCCUUGCCGGGAGGAGCUGCUGGCCAAUGUUUCAACUUAUCCAUCCUCAGACUCGCUGGCCAAUGACAAUACACGCGAUCAUUCUGACGGCAUCUGGAAUGAGUCGCAGGUUACUGUCUUGACGGCUGAACAGCGCGAUAUAUCCGAUGGAUCCUACAGCUCCAACCUGCUGCUGACUCCAUCGUCCAAACGAAAGAAUCUAUUGCUGCAGCAUCAGCAACGUAGCUCUGUGGAUACAGAUGCCUUGGAUUUCGAGGAACAGAGUCCCACCUAUGGCCUGCAAACACUGCCGAAGAUCAUAAAGACCAGUACUCCAACCACUUCCAGGCCAGCCUCUACCCAACCACUGAUACCGCCGCCUGCCAUUGCAGUUACCCCAUCAUCCAAUCAACUGCCGGAGUCCUCCAUUAGCUCCCCAUUGCCCAAAAGGAUAAUGGUGGCCAGGGGCUCAGUUCCAGAUGCCCGUCAGCUGAUUUUCAUGGGCGGAGCGGCCAAACAAAGACACUCGGAUGCCUCCUUUUUGCCCAUGGGCGGGAUGGACUACGCCCGGAGUGCGGAUAUCUCUGAGUGCAGCACCAACACAGAUGAGUAUGCCACCUGCACGGACAACUCGAAACGUACACCAGUUUCCACGCAAAGCUCGCAGCUGGAGAAGACACAUGCCGGCAGCUCCUUUGAAAGUGCCAGCUCCUUGUACUCCAUGCGUGAGGAUCUGCUGCAGCACGACGAAAAGGAUAAGGAUAAGGAUAAGGAGAAACAGGUUGCUCCUGCCAUGACCCAACUGAAAUCCCCCAUGGGCUCUGUGGCUGAGCUGACCAAGAAGUCACCUUCGCAUUCCAUCAGUAGCACCACUUCUUCGGGCAGCUGCCCCGUUUCCGGUGUGGCCACCAAGUCUCCUGCCAAGGAUGGCCAGCCCCAGACCGCCGUUUCCAGUUCAGGGACGAGCCAAACUAAAGUCAGCACUGCGGAGAGUGCACCACCAGCGGCUGGUAAGCCCAAACCGGAUUCCAUAUCCGAGGACGAAAGGAGCGAGGUGCGGUACUCCUCGUCGGGCUACUACGAGAGUCCCCACGACGAGGACGACGAGGAGCAGGUGACGCGCAGUAAGGCCCGACGACUGCGGCAAGAGGACGAGAGGAAGCGCCGCAAGACCAGCAUGAAGCUGGACAUCGAGAAGGAGAACAUGAGGGCCCUGACUAGUCCUAUUAAGAAGCCCGCCACACAGAGCAAGGUCACCUCCCCCGAGCAACAGAAUCCUGGCUUGCCCGACACCGGCAGUCCCAGCAAGAUGAAACGUUUCCGUCCCAAGAUACGACGACAGUUGAGGAAGAGCUCAAGGGAGGAUGUCCUGGCGGCGGCGGCAGCCCGCAGAAGCCGGGCCACGCCCACUAUUUUCGGCCUGAGCAGUGGCAGUGGUGACACGGAGAUCCUUCUAGAUGCCAGCAUGUCCACCGGAACUCUGUCAGCCACAACAGCUUCCAUUACCACAAGCAAAAUCUCGGUCGGCUCCAAGGCAUCUGCCCCAGAGGUUACAGCUUCCACCCAAUCGGAGCCGGUGGUGCCCCCUUCCGCCAGAAAGAAGCCCCACAGCUGUGCCACGCCCACGGCCCUGCUCUCGCCCAAACUGCCCACAGUUAGCAGCACUCAGUCAAAAUCGAACUCUGAGACUUUCCAGCUAAAAGCCAAGUCCAUAGAGUCCUUGCGCUCCGUUUCGCCAGGAUCCGACUCGGUUUUCUACAGCGAGGCCGAUGGGAAUGCCGCCAGUGCUGAUCAGAGUCACUGCCUCCAUUGCGGCAAGGAGAUGGAGGGCAAGCAGCAGAGCAACACAAUUAGCGAACUGGCCGGGGACUCGGUGGAGUCCAUACCCUACAUCGAACAGGAUAUAGUGAAGCCACCAUCGGACUUUGCCGACUCCCCAGUGACCACCAAGACCACGCAGCGCUUGUACAAGAAAAUGGACAAGCGCUUCCGAUCCGAGGAGCGCUAUCACGGCGAAAGGGGCAGGCACUACAAGACCAGGCAGGAAAACAUCAGAGCCAAGAGCGAAGAACGUGGACGGGUGCCCAGCUUGCCCAAUACUCCUGUCCUGCGCCCCGCUGGCUCUAGUCCUUGUGUCCUGCCGGACAUAAAAACGGAGCAGAGUCAGCACAUUAUAUACAAAGGACACUACGACGCAGGACGCUACACACGCUUGACCGACGAUGAUCUCUGGACUCAGUUAGAUCAUCAAUGCUUUGAUCGUUCUCGGGAACGUCGCGCCUCCACUGAAUCCGAAAAAGGCUUCCAUGCCAAAUACCAAGUCAUACUCCAUAGACUGGUUCAACGUCGCUGCACCCUGGAAAUGUAUCAUCGCCAAAAACAUAACAGCUUUUGGUGGGUAAACAGAAACCAAACAGCCGGGCCUUCCUCUAGUAAUUUUCUUAUUAUUUUUUCUUAUUUUUUUGGACGAUUAGAGUUAAUAGCUUCCAAUUCGGCGCCGGAUUCGCUUCGUCGGAAGUUGGAGGAGGUCCUGAAGCUAAUGCUUCUGGUCUGGGCACGCGAGAGCUAUGUGAUAUCCACACUGAGCAAUGGUGCACAUGGCGUGGACAAAACUGUAGUGGUCAAAAGUGAUUCGGGGGAAUUCGGCUUCCGCAUACAUGGCUCCAAGCCCGUGGUGGUGGCUGCCAUUGAACCAGAGACUCCGGCUGAGAGUUCAGGCCUCGAAGUGGGCGACAUCAUCAUCUCCGUGAACGGGGUUCAGGUUCUGGACAAACAUCACACCGAGGUGGUUAAGAUCGCCCACGAUGGCUGCGAGAAACUGGAGCUACAGGUGGCCAGGACCAUUGGAGUCCUUAUGCACGAGCAGCUGGAGCCACCAAGUCAGCCGAUUUUCAGUGGAUACCUGUGGCGACAGAGUGGUCAGGCCAAAGGAGCUCCCAACUCAAAGAAAUGGGUUCGACGCUGGUUCUCCCUGAGGCCCGAUAACUGUCUCUACUACUACAAAACGGAAGAUGACUCCCAGCCUGUGGGUGCUAUGAUUAUGGCCAAGCACACCGUUGACUUGUGUUCCGUGGACAUUGGCAAGCCCUUUGCCUUCAAGGUGGACUCCGGCGAGGGCAUCCCCAUGUAUGUGGCCGCCGACUCCGACGAACUGGCCAACCGAUGGCUUCAGCUCCUGCGGCAGGCCGCCUCCCAGGACAACCAGUGGCUGGACAAGAGUGCGCGGUGUCUGUACCAGAGCCCCACCAGCAUCCAAAGGCCCGAUUGCUUCGGCUAUUUACUGAAAUUGGGCUCAAGGUGGUGCGGCUGGUCGAAGCGGUAUUGUGUUCUUAAGGAUGCCUGCCUCUAUUUUUACCAAGAUGCAAAUAGCAAGAGUGCAUUCGGCAUGGCCUGCUUGCACGGCUACAAAGUGGCCUCAAUGUCCGCGAAUGCGUCCGGAAAGAAGAACUCGUUCGAGAUAAUACCACCAGAGACCAAAUUGCGUCAUUAUUUUUUUUGCACCGAAAGCGAAAUGGAUAAGAAGCGCUGGAUAUCCGCACUGGAAUACUCCAUUGAUCGCUGGAUAAAGUCCGGGUAACUAAGGUUAAAGACACGCUCCAGAUCGGCUCUGAGCAGCCGGCUCAAGCGUCGCAGUUUUAGCUAUUUCAUGGAUUAGGCCAAGAUUUAUGGAUUUGUUCGAGACACUAGUACGGGUACUACCAACACAACAAAAACCACACAUGUAGAAUGUAAGCCAAGGAAACCAAUUAGAUUUUAGGCAUAGAUGAUUGCUUAGUCCAAGGAAUUUAGUCGGUCAUUCAAAAAUCGGGUUUAAAACUAUUUUGAACAAAAGCGUACUUACACGUAUAUAUUAUAUACACUUAUAGAGGAAUACAAUUGAACAUUUUUGGUGUGUAUUCUUGUUAUAUAGCUUACAACAAAAAUUAAUAUAUAUAGAUAUAUAUAUACAACUAAUGUUUAGUGAGGUUGUCAUGUCACUUAAAUAUACAAAAAUAUAUAGCCACACGAGGUUAGAAGAGAAGAGAUCGUACAGCAGACCAAAUUGAUUGUCUAAUGUAUAUAGAAUUCAUCUAGGCUAGAUCGGAAUAGGAAUCGGAAUCCAAAAAUUAAAAUGAUUAGGUAUUCAAGGCUCCAAAAAGCAAGGCAUAGCAAGGCGAGAGAUUUUUAGAUAAAUGUCUAUUUACAGAAAGGGUAAACACGCGAGACCAACAUUUCGGAAUUAUCAAAAGAUUAAUAGUUCAUUGAAGAAAUCCUUAUCGAGGGCCGACAUAAGUUUCCCAUUUUCCAUAGCUGCUUCCAUCGUCAUUAAUAAAUAAAUAAUUAAAUGAAAAAAAUAAUAAAAUAGAAUACGAAACGGGGUUUAUGUGAAUAAUCAUCAACGGUUUUCGUCCUUAUUGGAAACGAUUCUUAGUUAGACACAAUUGAGAUAUAAGCCAGACUUAGUUAGCUUUUUGAUAGGUUGCCGUUUUUUUAGGAGACACACACUCACACAUCAAUGUUCAUAGUAGAUCAAACAAUAAUAUUAAUAGAUAUUUAUUCAGAAUCCAGUAGUUACUUUGUCGUAUAAAGAUAUGAUCUUUAAAAUGCUGAUUUCCUAAUUUUUUUGGGUCAGUAUUCAAAUACCAAGAUUGAGUGAGGAUGCAACAAUUUUGAAGCUUCAGUUUUGAGUUUAUUAAGACGAUAGCGAAUAUAUACAUAUAUUUUAUAUAUUUUAAAUAGAAAAUUUCCAAUUCGGCGACACUGCAAAUUAAAUAAAACAACUAAAAAAGUUAGAUAUUAAAUGUAUGCAUUAUGAUUAUUAUAUUAUUAUAUAUACAACACACAUGAGGCAGCCAGUUUAUGUUGUAAGUCAUCGAGUGGACAACACAAAGAAAAAAGAAAACUAAAUAAGAGCUUUAAUUAUUAAAUAAAGAAUAUACCGAAGAACAAAUGACAAA